AUGGCUCAGGACAUUCAGAAGAUCGAAGCAGUGAUGUGCGCUGCACCUGUUAUCCCGGUACUGGUUGUCGAGGACCCCAGGAAGGCCGUACCGAUGGCUGAAGCCCUCGUCAGAGGUGGUCUGCCUGCUAUCGAAAUCACUUUGCGUACACCACAUGCUCUGGAAGCAAUCGACGCCGUAAACGAGCAUGUGGAUGGAGCGAUUGUCGGCGCCGGAACAGUCUUGAACGGCAAGCAAUAUGAUGCAGCAGUCUCGGCCGGGGCUCGUUUUGUUGUUUCUCCGGGCGCGACAAAGUCCCUGCUGGACGCAGCCGACGAGCACAGUGUGCCGCUCCUGCCGGGUGCGGCUACGGCCUCCGAGGUGAUGUUUCUUCUGGAACGCGGAUAUGAACGCCUGAAAUUCUUUCCGGCUGAGCAGGCGGGCGGCACGUCUUAUCUGAAGUCGCUGUCCUCCCCCCUUGCAGCGGCUAAAUUCUGCCCGACAGGCGGUGUCAGUCUCGACAAGGCACCGGACUAUCUUGCACUUCCGAAUGUUCUGUGCGUGGGCGGUUCCUGGAUCGCCGAUGCCAAGGCGAUUGCUGCCGAGGACUGGGCCGGCAUCGAGGAACGCGCGCGCGCGGCCGCCGGGCUCAACGAUUAA